AUGACAACUCCAGCAGUGAAACUUAUUUUAGUUUACGUAACAGCACCAAGCAGAGAUGUUGCUAUGAAUAUGGCCAGAAUUACCGUCGCUGAAUCACUUGUUGCGUGCGCAAAUGUAAUUCCAGGAGUCACUUCUGUAUAUCAAUGGCAAGGGAAAAUUGAGGAGGACCAAGAGCAUGUGGUGGUUAUGAAAACAGUGGACAGCAAAGCCGAGGAAUUAUCACAGCGAGUUCGUUCCCUGCACCCAGCUGUAAAUCCCUGCUUCGUGACAUUGCCAAUCGAAAAAGCCACCGCAGACUUUGCCGAAUGGAUCAUCAAAUCGACCCAAAGCCAUAGUAUCUGA